CUCUUUGAAAAGGACAACUAUUUUGUUUAUGUUGUUAUAUAUCUUAUUGCACUUCUUGAUGUUUGCAGGGCUUGUAGUCCCAGAUGUUCCAUUAGAAGAGACUGAUAAUUUAAGAAAGGAAGCUCUAAAAAAGAAUAUUGUACUGGUGUGUCUUAUUGGCCUUCCGAUUUUUCAUUCAUUUGGAUAGAUACAUUGUUCUGUUUUUUUUUUUUUGAAAUGAAAUUAACCUACAUCUUCUUGUGUGCUUCAAAGGUAUUGCUAACCACACCCACUACUCCUAAUGAUCGAAUGAAAGCCAUUGUUCAAGCUGCUGAAGGAUUUGUCUAUCUGGAUUAAUUGUUGAUUGCAAUUUGAGCAAGAGCUUGGUUUUGCAGGAUUUUCUAUAACGAAAGACUUUGGAUUUUGAUUGAUUUAUUGAGAUGUCUUCUGCGGUAAUGCGACAUCACGGAGGUGAUGGCGGGGCAGAUCCUCCUCGAGAUCCAACACAUAUAGAGGCUGACUGUGAGAGAGUGCCUGCAAUAAAAAGGCGUGGCAUCAACAAAGGGAUAUCAACCCGAGAGGCUAGGGCUGCCUUAGGUAGACCAUUACCCCUUGAGUGGGAUGUUCGAGGAAAGACGUACAAGGAAAUUGGUGAAUAUUCUCACCAUUUGUCUCGGGAGAUCGGCCUUCUCAUUCGACAAUAUGUCGAUCCCGACUAUGAUCGAUGGGAUAAAGUACCAAAGGAAGUUAGAGAUCGAAUAUUUCCUCGUCUACAGGAUGAUUUAUUCGAUAUUGGUCUCACUCGGUAUGGGGCAGAACAUCGAAGUGGCAUUCUUCUCGGCAUUCAACGAUCUUGCGCUGAUCGUUACUCAGAAUGGAAGAAUGAUAUAUCUACUCACAUAAAGAAGCAUGGUCGGAGACAUGCUCCUGAUGGUUUGGUAGAAGAAAAAUGGAAGAAAGCGCUUGAUUAUUUUGAUCGACCUGAAGUGAAGAGGCGCUCUGAGAUUAAUGCUGCGAAUCGAGCAAAACAAAAACAAAAUAGCUUCCAAGGAUCGCAGUCUACGCCAGCACUUCGUUAUAAGAAGCGCAAUAUGCAAACUGGCCAUCUCUCAGGCGUUCCAGAAACUUGGAUGGAUACUAAAUAUAAAGAAGGGAGAGGUUGGGAAAAGUUGCUGGAGGUACGUCAAACUCAGCAGACCCAAUCUUCUACGACCACCUCUAAUGCGAGUAUUGCCACAACUGAGGUGGACGACAUUGCCCUUGUUGAGACAGUCUUUGGACGCCGUCGGGGCCAUCAGACAGGACUUGGUCGUCGGAUUCGCUCGAGCGCGGAACGUGAAGUGACUGACACACUUCAACCACCGUCACCGCCCCCUACUGCCCAAGAGAUGCGGGAUGUGGUCGAACGUCUCCGAAUCGUUGAGGAGUACAUGGCUAGACUUGGUGGAGCCUCAGGUUCUGGAUCUUCUCAGCCAGGUGAUGGUCAGGAUCCGACACCUCCUACUCAAUAG